UAUCACACAUUCACACGUACCUUACUGCAUCUACUGUCUUCUCACGCACACAUGGAAACCCUAGAAAUUGCAAAAAUGGCAUCAAGAGCUCUCGCCACAGCCUACUCGAAGCUCCUCUCUCGAAUGGCUGUUCGUUCCCUCUGCACCUUCGUUCCUUCCUACCCCAAUUCUGGGUCAGAUAGUCCAACUAACGGUUCGGGUUUGGACUAUCGCAACAGAACAUUCGAACGUUUACUGAAAGAAGGGCCAGAAUUGCCCUGGAAGGUGAAGAGAGACGAGAAUCAUGCGAGGAAGGUGAUGCAAUACGAGAAUCAUGCGAGGUUGGAAGAAGAAGAAGACGAAGAAGAAGAGGAAGAAGAGGAAGAAGAGGAAGAAGAAGUGGACACUGAGCCUCUGUCCCCGGAUGAUUACCCGUCCGACUUUUUUGACUUGAUGUUGUGGAAUGACAGGCGACUGUGGCGUAAAUGUCAUACUAAUGCAGCUGAUGAUGCAAUCUACAUUGAGGAUCUAGACUUCUUAAGUAUGCUUCAUCCUGUGCUGGUUGCCCUUCACAUCAAGAAAGGAGCUUCUCCAAACAUUUACGAUUUAUAUACUGUUCGUAGAUCCCGACAUCUUUUUUUUGAACAGAAGCACAGCGUAAUAUUAGAAAAUUAUGGGUUGUACAAAAAGGGUAACACUGAUUGGCAUGUGGCUGGGGAUUCCAAGUUGAGAUAUAUCUCGAUAGAUGACUUCAUGUGGUGGUUGGAGUGGGUUCCUCAACAGUACAAAGAAAGGAUUUAUAAUUACAUGUUUAAGCAACAAAUUUGUGUUUUGGAGAAUUGUCCGACGACUUUAUUAAAACACCCAGUAAUUAUCUGUUUUUGGCAAUCGCCACGCGUUGGGUGGUACAAGUUAAACAUUUCUGGGUUUUUUAAGGAAAAUCUUGGUGGGACCAAAGAAGCUUAUUGUGGAGAAGUACUAAGAGAUUCUUGGGGAACGGUUUUGGAGAGGUUCCAUAAGCCACUUCCUGAUGCGACAUCUAGAGAUGAAGUAUUCUUACUUGCAGUGCAUCAUGGGAUAGAUGAAAUUCUCCGAAGGAGAUCGGAAGCAAUGAAAAUAAUAUUGGAGAUUGACCAUAUUAAAAUUGUCAAGAUUCUGUGUCGCAGGAAGCAUGUCCCGUGGGAUUAUAUGGAACUUUGUUGGAAAAUUUUUGAUAUGUUGGAAAGGUUCGACCUAUAUGAAAUAUUGUUUACAUAUCCUCAAGGAAACGGUCUAGCUAAAAGAGUUGCGUAUAUAGGUUCUCAUCUGACUAUGGGACAGAGUUUUCCCAUAGGCAACAGAGGUUAUGAAAAACAAGUCUGGUGUGAUCAAUGGUUGAUUCCACGAUAUGAGAUCGCCCCUGGAAAAAUGGACAAAGUAGAAUCGUCUGAUGAUGAUAUUUGAAGUCAGGUUGUGGACGUGGUGAGCGAGCUGUGAAGAAGAAAACAAGGCAAGGAUGUAAAGUGUUUGGUGACUUAGCUUCCAAAUUUUGGGUUAGUUAGGCCUUGAAAUUAUCUAUGUAUUGACUUCAGUAUUGAAAAUUCACUGCAAGACAGAUGUAACAUUGUCUUUUAAUGUUACAUAUGUACAUUUGAUUCUUGUAUCUAAUUUGAAUUGAACGGAUUUUUUACUUAA